UCUCUCUCUCUAGACAUGUGUGUAUUUAUGAAAACCAAAGUAGAAGCAGAAGAUGAGAGGGAAAGGAACAAAGCAUUUUGCAAGCAUGGGAAGAAACAGAGUAACCAUUCACUGCUUCACAUUCAUUCACAUGGCUGCUCUUUUGCUGCUCUCUUCAGGUUCAAGCUCCAAAUUAACAGAGCACAUCAAACUUGAAGAAUCAUUCAAAAUCUCCACUAAACAAAUGGACAUAACAACCCCAAUCACAACAGUCCCAACUGCAAACAACCCUUUCCCGACAAUAACAACAAAUCCAAUCCUAAAUCCAACUGAUUCCAACCCUGAUGAACCCCCCACCACAAUGAACCCUAACAAUCCACAAAUGACCACAAACUCACCCGCUCCCUCGGGCCGGAGCUGGUGCAUCGCCACCUUCUCCGUCUCCCAAGCCGAGCUGCAGCUUGCCCUCGACUACGCUUGUGGCCACGGGGGAGCCGACUGCUCCCCCAUCCAGCAAGGCGGGGGCUGCUACACCCCCAACACGCUUCACCACCACGCCUCCUUCGCCUUCAACUCCUACUACCAAAGGAAUCCCAUCCCUACUAGCUGCAACUUUGGCGGCGCCGCUGUCACCACCAGCACUGAUCCAAGUUAUGAUACAUGCAAAUUUCCAUCUAUUAGAUUUUGCAGCACAAGUUCUUCUAUGUUGAAUAUAACUAACUCAAGUGGAUCUAGAGUUUUUGGAGGCGGUCGGCCGGUCGCUCCGGCUAGUUCAGCAGCUGCUAGGCAGAGCUGCAUCCCCUGUUUUCACCACAUAUUAGCCUAUAUGAUUGUUAUAAUAUUAGGUAUGUUAUGAUGGAUUUGAUUAAAUAUUUGAGAUAUGGGAGACUUUUUUUGUAUGAUAUUUGAGGUUUGCAUUUGGUUAAUUUGAGGUAGGGCUUGAU